GGAGGAUGCUGAGCGGCCAUGGUCCCCUCUGGCACCGCCCUGGCGCUCGGCCUGGCGCUGCUCCUCGCCUGCCCUACCCACGGUGAGGAGCUGCCCAUGCCCCGUUCCGUACACGUCACCACGGAGAUGGGCUGGCACCUGCUGCAGUGGGAGCCGGGGCACGGCUGCCCCAGCAACGCCAGCUACGACGUGGAGUACAUCGUCUACGGCACGGGCAUGCCCUGGACAGCCAUCCCCGAGUGCUGGAACACCACGGAGCUCUCCUGUGACCUCACCCACUACACCCUGCACCCGGGCAAGCGCUACCACGCGAGGGUCAGGGCUGUGCUUGGGAACAUCACGUCCGACUGGAAAAAGACUGGAAGCUUCUCGCCAGAGCAAGCUGGCCCUCGCCUGGCCGGGCAGAGCCUCUCCGUGAUGGGCAACUCCAUCCAGGUGCGGCUGCUGCUGCGCCCCGGGAGCAUCAGCCCCGAGAACAGCGAGCUGCAGAGGGAAAUGAGCCGCUACCACGUGUACCUGCGGAGGACUCGGGACAACCACACGAUCACGGUGGUGAAGAACAGCACCGAGUUCACCAUCAGGGAGCUGUUCUGGCUCACAGAGUACUGCCUGAGCGUGGAGCCCAGCCUGGCCAACAGGCCCGUGCCCAGCAUGCGCUCUGAUGAGCAGUGUGUCACCACCGGCCCCAGGGACAGGAGUGCAGAGCUCCUCCCGACCAUCCUCAGCUCCUUCUUCAUCACCCUGUCCUUGCUGGGGCUCCUGGGGGCCCUGCUGGCCUGUACCUACAUCAGGAGACCUGUGAGGACACCGUCUGCCCUGAAGUCCCUCAUGAAGCAGAGCUCGCUCUGGGUGGAGCAGGAGCCCCCAUCCUCGGGCAGCCUGGAUGCAGACCCCAUCCAGCAGCUCUUCCUGUGCCACAAGGAGCCCCAGCCGGGCAGCAGCCCUGACAGCAGCACCAGCACAGCCCAGCAGCCCCUGGAGCAGGGCUGGAAGCUGCCAGCAUGGCCCAAGGACCAGCUGGGACCCACGGGGAGCAGAGACAGCAGCGGCACCAGCACUGACAGCGGAAUCUGCCUGCACAUCCCUUCCUCCUCAUCCUCCUCCUCCUCCUCCUCCCUGAGCUGCUCCUUGGCCCCCGAGCCCCAGGGCUACAGGCAGCAGCUGCCCAGGGCUGAGGACAGCGGGGUGGGCUUGGGGAGCCCCUGCCCUGCUGCUGGCUGCUCCUCUGGCAGUGCGAACACCAGCCCAGGGCUGUGCCCUGCCCCUGGCCAGGCUGAAGUGGAGUUCCGGGGGUACCUGCAGCAGUCCAAGGGCACCGUGGGGCCAGAGAGGGCCCCGGGGCAGGGAGAGCCCCUCCCGGGCUGUGCGGGGUCCCUGCAGGACCUGGGCAGCACUGACACUGCGCUGGACAUGGAGUGCUGUGAGCUGGCUGUGGCCAAGGGGUACCUGAAGCAGUCCAACCCCGAGCAUCCCCUCACGCAGCCCCUCUCUCCCUGGAGAGAUCCUGCCGGUGACUUCUCCAGCCAGCUGGGGCCCCAGGUGCCCACCCUGCUGAGCUGGGCAGCCCCAGGGGCUCCGCUGACCUCCAAAGGCAGCCCCGAUCUGAAAACUCCCUUCGACCUGCACAUCUUCAACAACACUGCCUUCCCGGGGCUGCUGCCCGGCCUCGGCUCCAGCUGGGUCCCGCUGCCCGCCCAGCCCCGGGGCCAGCUCGGGGGGGACAGCAAGGACAGCCGCCUGUGACCCUGGGGCCACCAGCCCGGGCUGCGACCCAACUACCUCGAAUGCCACUGGAUAAGCUACUCCUGACCUGCAUGUGCACGGUGCCAGCACAGCUGUGACACA